AUGCCUCGCGCACGUAGGUCUACCCGCCUCUCUGGCGCAACGACCAAAUAUACCAGUGAUCCGUUUGAGGUCGCUGGAGUAAGCGAUGACUUCGACUUCGCAGAGGGACCGUCUGUCCCGGGGCGGAGAGAAAAGCAGCCUAUCUCUCCAGAGAUCUCAUCAGAUGAAGAAUACAAAGAAGCCCAGAACGAUGCGACGGAAGGGCGGGGAGCUGAGGACGAAGACGACGAUGAAGACGGAGAUGUAGAAAUGGUACUCGAGGAGCCAGAUGAUGAAGACGAGCUUAAUGACGAUGACACCGACGCCGUCAAGCCGAAGAAGGCAAAGAAGGCGAAGGCUCCAGCGAGGGCUUCUUCAAAAGCAAAACCCCCCCGAAGCCGGCCUGAGGACCGCACGGUGGCGAUCGCCGAAGAUGAGACGCAUUUCAGAGGCACCUGGAACCCCAUCGAGCAUAUGGGCAAGACCAUCCAUAUGAAAGUGACCUUCGGGACUGACGAGAGAGACCUGCUCUCCAUGGCGUACACGAGGGACCGGUUUGCCAGGGGGGUGGACGCGGCGUUUCCCACGCGGGCGUCGCUGGAUGAGGCCCAGACACUGCCUGAUUAUAAGUAUGGGCCUACUUUUGGCGCUGAGCCGGAAGACGUCAAGAAGGAAAGUACACGAGGAUGGGACUGGUACUACGCUGAUGAUAUUGGGGGUCGGGCUCGCAAGAGGCAGCGAAUUGAACCGAUUGGCGAGGAGGAGGCUCGCUCGCGGUACAUGAUGCGGCAGGAAAAAAAGCUGACGGUGUUUAUUGGGCCGGUCGAUGAGCAAAAGAAGUUCGAGUUGCGGCAGAAUGAAGCUGCCGAUUUUGGUGAGGCUUGGAGAGAUAAGGGGAAGAAGAGCGAUUUUGAACCGAAGACAGCGACGCGUGAGGGAUGGCUUCUGAACAUGGGGCAGAAGAUUCAAGGUAUGGCUUGGGUGCCGAAUCAGCCAGGUCUUACGCAGUAUCUGGCGAUUGUUGCUCCCAUCUCCGACGAGCAAAAGGAAGAUUACCCGGAUCCCAUGAAACAUCAGGCUGGGUUGGCAUUUCGACCGUCGCCUCUUUAUCCUUGUGCACUACAGAUCUGGGCAUUCAAAGCCAAAAGGGAUGAUGUCCUGACGAAGACCCUCGAUAUGAAAUUCAAGCCGCGACUGCGACUGGCGCUCUGUACGGAUUGGGGGGAUCUUCGUCGAAUAGCCUGGUGCCCUAUGCCUCGAGCUCCACGAGACGAGGACGACGAGGACCCUUUGAAGCAUUUGGGCCUGUUGGCCGGAGUCUGGGGGGAUGGCUACGUCCGAGUGAUUGACGUGAAGCUCAGCCGAGAUCCCAGUGCAACGGAGUUCAAAAGAGUUCAUUCUCCGGUCUUCGAGGCCAAGCCACCGUCAACAGUGUGUACAUGCGUAGCCUGGCUUUCUCCCACUGACAUCGCCGUCGGCUGCGCCAACGGGUUUGUUGCUAUCUGGAGUAUCAUACCUUCACCGGAGUCGCCAACAAGCCCGAUGCCCUACUUCUACGAGCCACUCCAUCGGACAUAUGUUCUAAAUCUCACGUCGGCCUACCCGACCCACCCUCAUCUAAUCUGCACGACAGCGAUGGACGGAGAAACCCGCAUGUCAUCGAUCAUUGACUACCAGAAAGACACGGUUGAAACGAAUCGUAUGCGGAUGGGAUCGCCUCACGUAUCCUACUCCCCCUGGCUUCACUCCUUCCUGUCCAGCGAUGAGAACGACUUCGUUCGGCUCCUCGCCGUGCGACGCUUCUACACCACGAGCGCGGUGGCACGGCUCUCAAGCACGGCUUCCGCGCUCGCGCCAUGCAGUUCCUGGCACCCAAGUAUCCUACUGGGCUGCGCCGGUGGGGCGGUCAUCGCGACAAACCCUAUUCGGCGCUUACUUCACAUCAAAGAGAAACAGUGGCAGCAGACGUGGUUCACGCAUGAAUGGGUGCGCGGCAAAGAGGCGGACAGCGCAGGGGGGGUGAGCCGGUUCAUCGAUGGGUAUCGGGCCGAGAGCAUCAUGUUGUCGCGCAAUAUGGUGGGAGACCGCAAGAUGGUCAACGGGAUCAUGAUGCUUACCAUCUUCGACGAGGGAACGCAUGUUACGGCCUUGGCAUGGAAUCCCAACCAGCCAUGUGCAGGAUGGGCCAGUGCUGCUCUCGGGUCUGGGUUGCUCCGGGUGGAGGAUUUGGCGAUUUGA